AUUGCUGUGGAAUCGCUGAAUCUUGACUCGGCCGUGGUUGGCUCUCGCUCUCCUCUCUCCCUCUCCCUCUCUCUGCCUCGGGCUCGCGCUCUCUCUCUCUCUCUCUCUCUCUCUCUCUCUCUCUCUCUCUCUCUCUCUCUCUCUCUCUGCGCGCGCGCACCGGGCCGCUCUCCUUCCUCCCUCUCUAUGUGGCUGCGCGGGUGUGUGUGUAUGUGGAUGUGUGUGGGGUGUGGGUGUCCCUUACGUCCUUCCUCCUCCCCCUCCUUCUCCUUCUGCUCCCCCCUCCUUUCCAUCUCCUCCUCCCCCCUCUCCUCUCCCUCCUCCUGGUCCUCAUCGCCCCUCUCCUCCUCUUCCUCCCCUCUCUCUUCCUCUCCCUGAAUUUUUUCCUCUCCUCUCAGGUCAGUCCAUGGUAUUCCGCUCCCCCCUAGAUCUCUAUUCCUCCCACUUCUUGUUGCCAAACUUCGCCGAUUCUCACCACUGCUCCCUACUUCUGGCGAGUAGCGGCGGCGGGAGCGGUGCGAGCGGCGGCGGCGGCGGCGCGGGAGGAGGCGGCGGCGGGAACCGUGCGGGAGGCGGCGGUGCUGGCGGAGCAGGCGGCGGCAGCGGCGGCGGCGGCUCCAGGGCCCCCCCGGAAGAGUUGUCCAUGUUCCAGUUGCCCACCCUCAACUUCUCGCCGGAGCAGGUGGCCAGCGUCUGCGAGACGCUGGAGGAGACGGGCGACAUCGAGCGGCUGGGCCGCUUCCUCUGGUCGCUGCCCGUGGCCCCCGGGGCGUGCGAGGCCAUCAACAAACACGAGUCGAUCCUGCGCGCGCGCGCUGUCGUCGCCUUCCACACCGGCAACUUCCGCGACCUGUACCACAUCCUGGAGAACCACAAGUUCACUAAGGAGUCUCACGGCAAGCUGCAAGCCAUGUGGCUCGAGGCGCACUACCAGGAGGCCGAGAAGCUGCGCGGCCGCCCGCUCGGCCCGGUGGACAAGUACCGCGUGCGCAAGAAGUUCCCUCUGCCGCGCACCAUCUGGGAUGGCGAGCAGAAGACCCAUUGCUUCAAGGAGCGGACUCGGAGCCUGCUGCGGGAGUGGUACCUGCAGGAUCCCUACCCCAACCCCAGCAAGAAACGCGAACUGGCGCAGGCCACCGGCCUCACCCCCACACAAGUAGGCAACUGGUUUAAGAACCGGCGACAGCGCGACCGCGCAGCGGCGGCCAAGAACAGGCUCCAGCAUCAGGCCAUCGGGCCGAGCGGGAUGCGCUCGCUGGCCGAGCCCGGCUGCCCCACGCACGGCUCAGCAGAGUCACCGUCCACGGCGGCCAGCCCGACCACCAGUGUGUCCAGCCUGACGGAGCGCGCGGACACCGGCACUUCGAUCCUCUCGGUAACCUCCAGCGACUCGGAAUGUGAUGUAUGAUAGCCAAGGCCGCCCUACUCCUCCCCCUCCUCCCCUUCCACCUUCCCCUCCUCUUCGUAACCCUGCUCCUCUUCCUCUUCUUCUACUCCAUCCCUAGAACAAACCGAAAUCAGGAUACACAGACAGAUACACACACAAGUCCAUACACACUCCCACCCCAGCCAAAAAUAUAUUUAAAAAAAAACAAGAAAAAUAAAUUAACCUCAAACCAUCAACAACCCCACCACCACCUACUACCACGGCCACCCCAAAGGACCGCGACGCCAACAGACAGUCACAAACGCUGAUGUUGCGGGCAGAAAGCAUAAAAGAGGUGACAAUUGUAUACUUUCUAGGACAAGCACGGCUUCUCCUUUUGGUUCCCACGGACCCGGCACCCCACCUGCAUGACGAUUUAUUUGUAUCUGGGAAAAUAUUCUCUCUAGUUUAAAAUGAUUUAAAGAGACUAUACAAAAAAACAAAAACAAAAACAAAAAAAAAACACCACCACCGCCGCUGCGACAAGACGACAAAAAGCAGACAAAAAGAAAAAAAUCUGACCUCUCCGUUUUGAAUUUGUUGUUUAAAAAAAAAAAAGGAAAGAAAGAUAGGAAAAAACUCCUCGAGAGAAAUAGCAAAUGUUUCUACCUUCUGUUGCUCUUUUCUCCUUUGGCCCUCUCUCUCUCUCUCUCUCUCUCUCUCUCUCUCUCUCUCUCUCUCUCUCUCUCUCUGUUUUUAAGUCCAAGUAUUGGUCAAACAAAAUGCAAUCCUCUGUUUUUGUUCAGCCGACAAUCAUUUUCUUCGUAAGCACCUUUUUCUCUCCACUCUGUCACUGCCUGUGUGGGUACUGGUUAUAAAUGUGGAAAAAGAAUAGUUAUGACUGUAACAGAUUUUUAUUUUUAUUUCAAAAUUUUAUAUGAAUUAUGUAUAUCUUAAUGAUCGGUCAUUUUCCCAGUUUGUAAUAUAUGUGUAGAAAUUGCUUGUAUAUGAUCCCUGCUUUUUUCUCCUCUCCCUUCUCUCUCUCCUCCCUCCUUCCCUCCCACUCACCUCUUUCCUUUUGGGGAUUCUCGGCGUCGACUUGGCGAUCGAGGUUUGGCGAGGUGGCCAGGGUUAGAGAGAGAGAAAGAGAGAGAGGGACCCUGUCGCUAGUGAAAGCAGAGAGUGAGACCGUAGUAUUCUUAUGCAAAAGCUAUUCAAGUUUUUCCUAGCCGCUUUGGAGGCCCCAUUCACUCCUGUAGAGCGCUUUUACUGUUAUCUUAACUGCGUGUUUAUCUAUAUGUAAAAACUUUCUAAAGCAAAUACAGUAUUCUCCAUUUUCUUAUCACUCCCAGAGACUGGUGUUUGUGUCCGCCCUGGCAAACAGCUCCCGGGUGCUGUAACAGCCCAGCUUCCCGCUUGCUCUCUCUAACUCGCUGGCCGCCAGAGCCAGAGCCGGGGAGGGGGAAGGAUGCCAAAUGUGAGUGGAAAACUGGAAACAAACACUUGCUUGGGGAAAGGGAGCCCAAACAGGAUCCCGAGGGAAAGGCAAAGGGGGCAUGAGGGUAGGGGGUUACAACUAGUUUCUUCCAUGACAAGAUGUCAGGCCUGAAUCCUCCCCGGAGUGCUGUACCCUGGAUUUGCUGCAUCUCGCGGCGCUUGUGAGCCCUUGGAAUGUUUGGUAGCCUUCUAGUUGCCUGCUUUUUAAAAAGGAGAAACCCUAAGGCUCCCUAACCCAAGCGACCGUCCUAAGCACAGCUGCAAUUCUAUUUUCCUUGUAUUUUUUUUAAUCUCUCUCUCUUUUUUGGAGGAGAUGUAAAGUGGUUAACUAGGGCCCAGAUGAACAAGGGUCGGGAGUGGGUGGGAGAAGGAGGCAGUUUUCUGACUUCAGGGCCUGAAAUGCGGUUGCUCUCCCUCCCACCUUCAUUGGCAUCCUUGUCCGACCGAGUCACCUGUCUUAAGAUUCUGGAUCUAUGUGUCUGAAAAAAAAAUGUCCUUGUCUUUUGGGAUCACCUGGAGUCCCUUAGUUUCUGAAGGAUUUUUGGUUCGUUUGCAUGGUAAAGGAAAACCAGUAACAAAACAAAAAACUACCCCUUGCUGACCACGUUCCUCUGCUGGCCCCAAGCUUUCCUGGCCGGCUGUGGCCGCACAACUCCCGAGGAGAGCUGGCUGGGAGGAAGUGGUUCUGCUGCUCUGGGCCAAGGCGGCCUGCGCGCUUGAGAAGGGGCCAAAGAGGUGAUUUCAGAAAACUUGCCUUCACUUGAAAAGUCCAAUUUCAAAGCUAGGGGGGAUUAAAAAGAAACCAGUCUGAAAUUUA